CCAUCUCUUUGCGCAACCAUUCGUUAUCGCAUGUGUUCCGAGUGCAGUGCGUUUUUAAUUCGGCAGUGCAAACAAACGAAGUUCGGUGGUUUUUCUAGGCAAAAGCCUACCUUUUUCCGAAUUUAAUAUCGUGGAUGCCUAUAACUAGCUACCCGCAGUUCCUUCUGGUGUCCCCUUCUUAAGAUAAUUUCCGGGGGCAAGUGUACUGAGACUUUUUAUUUCUGAUCUCCAAGGCGCUCGUAAAUUCUGUGAAUGGAUUCGGACCCAGAAGUGGUACUGGUGGAUAAAGUGGAUGAGGACGAGAUUUCUGCAGAUAAGGAUAGCGGAAUGGAAUCAGCAGGAAACAGCAAGGAUGAUACACCGGAGCGCAAGUCGAAUACGGUAGAGGAAUUGCCUCGCGAAGAUCCCCCGAAGCCGACCGAGGCUGUUAGUGCAGUGCCGAAACCUCAGCAGGCGACUUCUUCCACAGCCCAGGCGCCUGCUGCCAUCAAAAGCAAGGAUGAAGACUGUGAUGACGAACCAGACGAGACGCUCCAGGAGCGUCUGUGGGGCUUGACUGAAAUGUUCCCGGAAGGCGUACGGAGCUUCAGUGGCGCCCUGGCGGAUAUGUCGAUAGCGAGUGUGAAAGCACUGUACAGUUUCACCUGCAACGCAUCCUGGAUUUUCUUCACCAGUUCUAUGAUUCUGUUCGCACCGGUUGUGUUCGAGGUGGAACGAGCCCAGAUGGAGGAGAUGCAAAAGACACAACAGAAACAGGUUCUUCUUGGCCCUGGUUCAGCUGUCGGUGGAGGCGUUGGCCCGGGUGGAAUGCCAGCGAUGCCUCCGAUGGGUGCACGAUAAUCGUCUUCUCCGAAUUGAAACGAAAGAAAUACCAAUUGCAAUUUGUUAGCUUGUAGACGAAGUAUAUAAAUAACGAGUCCGAGAGAGAAUGAAACCUGUAUAUCAUUUUAAUUUCAAACCUUCAAACAGAACUUGCUAUUCCAUACUAGUCCAACAGUUCAGCGCACCGGUUCAUUAGUCGGCUUGAAUGGAACAAUGUUUCGAUCAGAUUAUUCAUAGGGUACUAGGAUACUGAGGAAUUUCUCUCUCCCUGGGUAAUUGACAAACUAUGAGCAAUUUUCUGUCAGUAGAUCCAAUGAUUACAGCAAAAUUGAGACUAACCGAUAAUUGUUAAUAAGUUAUAGUCAUACUCCUCAAUAAACAGUAAAAUAUAGAAA